CUGCUGUGGUGGAGGUCUUUGGGGCUUGGCCGCCAUGGGGAAGGUGAAUGUGGCUAAAUUGCGUUACAUGAGCCGGGAUGACUUCAGGGUUUUGACAGCGGUUGAAAUGGGCAUGAAGAACCAUGAAAUAGUUCCCUGCAGUUUGGUUGCUUCUAUAGCAAGCCUUAAACAUGGUGGCUGUAAUAAAAUUGUAAGAGAAUUAGUGAAACAUAAACUCAUAGCUUGGGAGCGUACCAAAACUGUCCAGGGCUAUCGGUUGACAAAUGCAGGCUAUGAUUACCUAGCUUUGAAAACACUUUCUUCUAGACAGGUAGUAGAGUCUGUUGGAAGCCAGAUGGGUGUUGGCAAAGAAUCAGAUAUUUACAUUGUUGCAAAUGAAGAGGGACAUCAGUUUGCAUUAAAGCUUCACAGACUAGGAAGAACCUCCUUUCGAAAUCUGAAAAACAAGCGUGAUUACCAUAAACACAGACACAAUAUGUCUUGGCUGUAUUUAUCUCGUCUCUCUGCCAUGAAGGAAUUUGCUUAUAUGAAGGCAUUGUAUGAAAGGAAAUUUCCAGUUCCAAAGCCAAUUGAUUACAAUCGCCACGCAGUGGUUAUGGAACUUAUAAAUGGAUAUCCUUUAUGUCAAAUACACCAUGUUGAAGAUCCUGCAUCAGUAUAUAAUGAAGCAAUGGAACUAAUUGUCAAACUUGGAAAUCAUGGGCUGAUUCAUGGAGAUUUCAAUGAGUUCAAUCUCAUUUUGGAUAAAGAUGACCAUAUCACCAUGAUUGAUUUUCCACAAAUGGUUUCAACUUCUCAUCCCAAUGCUGAAUGGUAUUUUGACAGAGAUGUAAAAUGUAUUAGAGAUUUCUUCAUAAAACGUUUCAGUUAUGAAAGUGAGCUUUAUCCAACCUUUAGUGACAUCAGGAGAGAGGACUCUCUUGAUGUAGAAGUUUCUGCCAGUGGCUACACAAAGGAAAUGCAGGCAGAUGAUGAACUGCUUCAUCCAGUGGGUCCAGAUGAUACAGAUACUGAAAAAGAAGAAGGAUCUGAAUUCUCAUUUUCUGACGAAAAGAUGUCAGAGGCUUGUCAAUGCGAAAAUGAAAGUAAAGAAGAUGCUAUAGAUGGAGCAAGUAGUUGCUGUUGUAUAUCAUCUGCAAAUGAACAAAUACAGGCAGGUGCUCUGUCAGAGGAGAGUGCUGAUGCACACAAUUUUGAAAUGACUGAAUUCCGUCAAGCUUUAGAUGAAAUAAAAGGCCAAAUUGGUGAAAGCAAUUAUGCAGUUGAGUUUUAUACAGAGAAAAGUAGCACUGAAAAUGGCACCACACAAGACAAUCAGAUAGGUCAGGGAGGAAUCCCUGCUGGCUCUGAGGAAGAUGAAGACGAAUGCCCUCAUCUGACUGCCUUGUCAUCAUUAAAUAAAGAAUUCAGGCCUUUCAGAGAUGAAGAAAGUAUGGGAGAUUCUAAUCAACAUAGAACGAGAACUCUGAGUGUUACUUCUGCAGGCACUGUUGUAAGCUGUUCAACAAUUCCCCCGGAAUUGGUGAAACAAAAAGUGAAACGUCAGUUGACAAAACAGCAAAAAGCAACUGUCAGACGUCGAUUGCAGAAAGGAGAAGCAAAUGUAUUUACUAAGCAACGGAGGGAAAACAUGCAAAAUAUCAAGUCCAGCUUGGAAGCCGCUAGUUUUUGGGAAAACUAAUAAAUUUAAGAUCUUAGAUAUUUCUCAUGUAUUU